AUGAAUUCACGUGACUAUUACAAAGUUACGUACAGCACUAUAGACUCUGAUAGAACAUCAAUCGACAAUGUUCUCGACAAUGAUACUGAAUUCAAUGCGAAUCAGUUCAAGUUGUACGAUGAUUUCACAACGGAUCUGCGUAUUAAUUUUAAUCCAAUAAGAAACAAUUACCAUGAACUGGCCAGGACAGAUGGUAAAAGGAGGGGCGAUCCUAAUGACUCCGGCGUCGAUAUGGAAAAUGGCAACCCUCUAGAUGACGUAACAAGGUCUAAUAACACUGAUUUGUUGGAGAACGAAGUGAUGGUAGAUCCCUGGAGCAGCAUGGACUCCUCCAAUUCACCGUUAACUGACUCCGGACCAUCUGCCAGUGAAGACUGCACUCCUUCUACCUCAAGUGAAACUCCUCGCGGACCUUUAGACGUGUCUCCUACUUCGCCCGAUUCGCGCCGCCUACAAAUCCCAAAAGAUGUCAAAACACUUCCUACUAGAAACGUUCUCCCGAAGACAACAGACAAGGCGCGCUCUCGGGACCUGACACUAGAUUUAGAGACACUAGAGUCCGACUCGCUUCCACGCCGCCCACAUUUCCUCGAUGAAGAUUACCAAUUACCCUCCAAAUCAAACAUCGAAUGCCGAAUUCCAAAACCACAUUUUCUGGAUCAUUCUCCGUCGCCCGACGAAUUCGACGAGCGUAGUGAUAUAACAAAUCCUAACUUUCUUGAUGACGAAGUCGAUGGCGAUGAUAGUCUUGGACAGAAAAAAGCCGGUGCUUUUCCAAAAAGACCACAAAAAAUUCAACCUUCAUAUUUGGCCCAAGAUGAUCGGCCUCAUACAACCACUUACAGAAGCAGUCUACAUUAUGGCCUUGAAAGUGUUGCAAGAUCGAAUGAGCGCGACAAACGAGCAUCCCAACUUUACAGAGGGACUUGGCCGGGAGAAGGCGACGUCUGGACGAGUCAUGAUGCUUCCAGCGUACGCAGCUUCUCUAGCAAUGGAUCAACAGAAGGUGCCAGGCCUUCUUCCAAUUUAGAAAAUAAAAUGGAAUGUGUUUACUCUUUAAUUUCUCUUUUGAGUUUAUCACCCGAAAAUAACGCUGAUCUAAGUGGGCCUCUACUAGAAAUGAGCCGUUCCGUGGAAAGUUGUGUAGCAAUGAGACAAUCUGGAUGUAUCCCUUUAUUAGUCCAGUUAAUACAUUCAAAAGUGCCGAGGGAAACUCGAGACCGUGCUGCUAAAGCACUACGUAAUAUUAUCCUCACGCAAACGGAUGAUAAAGCAGGUAGAAGGGAAGCGAGAGUAUGGAGAUUGUUAGAGCAAGUUAGGGAAUAUUGUUAUGUGUUAGAACAAGUUGUGGAAACCAGAAAAGAUGGGCGAGAAGUAAUAGAAGACGAUGUUAGUAAACAUCCGAGUCAGAGUGUCGCCGCUUUAAUGAAAUUGUCUUUCGACGAAGAGCAUAGACAUGUUGUUUGUCAAUUAGGAGGCUUGCAAGCGCUUGCCGCUUUAGUUAGCGGAGACCAAGCAGCUCAUGGUAGUAGAACUGAUGACAACACUUGUCUUACUAUGCGCAAAUAUGCUGGAAUGACCUUAACUAACCUUACAUUUGGUGAUGGAAACAACAAAUCUCUAUUAUGUUCCUUCAAAGACUUUAUGUUAGCUCUAGUUGAACAACUAGAAUCUCCCAACGAUGACAUGCGACAGGUGACAGCCGCAGUACUCAGAAAUUUGUCUUGGCGUGCUGACCCCAACAGCAAACAAGUUUUAAGAGAAGUAGGUGCUGUUAAAGGUCUGACGAAGGCUGCUAUGACGUGUCAGAAGGAAGCUACUCUAAAAUCAGUGCUGUCGGCCUUAUGGAAUUUAACCGCCCAUUGCUCUAUGAACAAAGUAGCUUUGUGCUCAGUAGAUGGCGCCUUGGGAUUCCUCGUGGAUAUGCUCAGCUAUAAUUCACCGACGAAAACGUUAGCGAUAGUGGAAAAUGCAGGUGGCAUCAUGAGGAAUGUGUCAAGUCACAUUGCCGUUCGGGAAGAUUACAGGCAAAUUCUCCGUGAGAGAAAUUGUUUAAGUGUCUUACUACAGCACCUGAAGUCUCCAAGCUUAACAGUAGUGAGCAAUUCCUGUGGUACUUUAUGGAAUCUCUCUGCAAGGUGUCCCCAAGAUCAAGAGUUUUUGUGGGAGCAUGGGGCUGUACCGAUGCUAAGAAGUCUCAUUCAUUCUAAACAUAAAAUGAUAGCCAUGGGCUCGAGUGCCGCUCUCAAAAAUUUACUUAAUUCAAAACCAGGUAAAAAUCACAUUAUAUCAUUAGACGCCACGGCAAGAAGUAUGAAUCUUCCUGCGCUGCCGACGCUUGGCGUACGAAAACAAAAAGCUUUAGAACAAGAAUUAGAUCAAAAUUUAGCUGAAACUUGUGACAACAUCGAACCAGUUACAUCGCCUACAACAAGUAAUAGAGAAGAAAAGAACCUCUUCACAGCCACUGAGAGACAAAUGGCUUUGAAUUUGGAAAGACACAGAAUGACAUCCAGCUCUCCGUUAAUGGGGUCUUUGGCGUCGCAAAUAUCGCUAAGCCACAGUGCAAACCUGGCGAGCUACCUGAGUUGCAGUAAUACUUUGUUAAAAGGCGCGCUGGUAUCGCGUUCCACGACAGGUGGGAGUUCUAAUACUGUAAAUAGAUCUGAGAGCAAAGACUCUGUUACAAGCACACAUUCAGACUCCGUUUUCGAAAGGGUCAUGCGCACUGGGAAAGUACCGGUUCCGACACCGAGAAAUAAAGACUUAAUGAAGAGUGAAAGAUUGAGCGAUGCGUUCAAAGUAGGUACAAAGGCACAUACUAAAGAAAGCAGUUAUCUCCGGUAUCCCACUCAACCGCCUAUACCACCUCCGAGAAGUUCGACAGACAUGAGAACAAAUUAUACAGAAUCUGGUUAUGACGUCGACCAGGAUUCUUGUGACCAACCAGUUGAUUAUAGUCGAAAAUACUCGGAAACCAAAUCAAAUGAUACUGAAUCUAUUGACAACAAAUCGAAAUCAUCAGAGGUGUGUAAGAAGUAUUCUAAAAAAGAGAGCCCGAACACUUUUGGGGAUUACCAAGAGACUGAUCUAGACCAGCCGACAGAUUACUCCCUACGUUACGCGGAACACCAGUCGGAGACCGGUUCAGACUUAUCAGAGCCACCAGGUCCAUCAGACACUAUCAAACACUUUGCAACGGAGGGAACACCUUACGAAACUCCGAUUAUAUUCUCGACAGCUACAUCAAUGUCGGAUCUCAGAGUGAUCGGCAAAGACGGCAAGCAGAAGACAAUACCGCACACGAAAGAACACCCAGAAGCAAUGACCCAUUCGGACGAGAAGGACACUUGUUCCAUAGAAGACCCGCCUAGACACGACAACGACAGAGCGGCCACCACGCCCCAAGCCUCGUCUGCAGCUGAAACUAAUCAGAAGAGGGAGGUAUUUGACACCAAGUUUAGCUCAGGAAUGAUAAGUCCUGAGAAGCCAGUAAACUACUGCGAUGAAGGCACUCCAGGUUGCUUCUCGAGAGUCAGUUCCCUUAGCAGCGUCGGGGAGCCUACCGAGGAAGACAGUAUAGCUAAAAAGAAUGCUAUGGCUACUAUCAACGUGGAACCGAGUCCUCAAGAGCCCAGCUCUGGCAGUAUUUCGAAGGAUAAGGAAGGAUCGAAGGCGGUCACGUUCGCGUCGGAGCCGACGUCGCUGGGCGCUGGGUCACCGCGGUUCGUGGAGGACACCCCGCUCAUGUUCUCUCGGUCCAGCUCGCUGGGCUCGCUGCCCGACUGCGGCCCGCACGAUGACCAGGGCUCCGUCUUGUCGGAAUUCAGUCGGCUGCCAUCUGGGUGUAUCUCCCCGAGCGAAAUUCCGGACUCACCAGGACAGAGCGUGCCCGCCUCACCGCCGAGCCUUGCGAACCUCACACCAGAUCGUUCGCGAGCGGGGGCGCAGUCGUCGCAGGCGACGGAGGCGACGGAGGCUGCGGGGGAGGCGGGGGCGGGGCCGGGCUCCGUGUUCGAGGAGCGCGUGUCACAGUUCGUGGUGGAGCACACGCCCGCACUCUUCUCCGCGGCCACCUCGCUCAGCAGCCUCACCAUCGACGACGAGCCGGCGCAAUCAAUACAGCUGCCUGGUAUGACACGUCGGGAGAACAAUAGAAUCAUCACAGAUCAACUGGAUAUCAGCUCGCAGGGUGACAGAGUUCACAUACAACCGCGGCCAAACGCAAUUGACAACUCUAAUGCACUAAAAGGCACGCAAACACCCAGUGACGUGUGUCGAGUCUACUUCACGGAGGACACGCCCGCCAUCUUGUCGAAGGCCGGCAGCAACUCAAACCUAUCCGUGUUGUCUAUAGACUCUACACCCAUGCAACCGCCCAUACAACCCCUUCAAACCAUGCAGUCCCAAGCCAUACAUACUACCAUACAACCCGCCAACGAUUCGUCAGACAGUUCCAACUUGAGCGACGCGGGAGAUCUGCUUGAGGAGUGUAUACAGAAAGGCAUCGCGAAGGUGGUGAAAAACAAGGGUCCACCGUCGGACAUCUCCUCCAGCAAUAUGUACGACAGAGACGAUGUAUACCGAUCUCUGCCGCCGUAUCUGCGUUCGUCCACUGAAACUGUCAAGUUGUCACAUGAACACACCAGAACUGUUCGGGACAGUCCACCACCGCUGCCGCCCAAGCCGGCUGCCGCAGCUCAACCGCCGCCACGACCACCGCCCGCGCCCGGCCGAAAUCAUGAAAGUUCUCUACCAAUCAAAAUACAAGGAAAUUCAUCGGAGAAAUCAAAGUUGCCCAUCGCCACAAACUUGCUGAGAAACGAUUCUCAGAGCUCCCUCAGCUUGGACUCAUUCGGCUCCACUGACAGGGAAAUAUUCGAAGAAACAGUCAAAGCCGGUCUAUCAACCGUCAACCCGAGAGCGACCACCCUAGACAAUAGUAGGGGCAAGGCACAUUCAGUAGAACGACCAGCGGAAUCGAUACGGCACGGGCGACACCACAAAUCUCUGGACCGAAGCGACAAGAUCCCCCAGCACCGUCCCAAGAUCAAGGACCCGGAGUUCGAGAACCUCGCUUCCGGGGUGUACAACUUGAAGCCGUCGAGUAAGAUGAAGAAACUCGAACGGGACCUGAUCGGUAUGAACGCAUCUCCCCCGGCGGCCAGUCUGCCCGACCGCAGCAGUUCACUGUCGUCGCUCAGCAACGAUUCCUUCGGUUCCACGGACAUGGAGGUGUUCGAGCGGAGCGUUCGUAUGGGGAUGUCGCGCGCGCACCGUCGUCGCGACGAGCGGAAACGCGACACGACGCGACGGCGGCAGGGGGGCGCGCUCGAACGCAUGCAGGGGGACGAGUACUCGCGCGACCGAGCCAUACUCGAGGAGGCCAUCGCGCGCGGCGCGGGGGAGGGCAGGGACGCGAGGGGGGAGGCGAGGGAGGCGAGGGGGGAGGCGCGGGAGCAGUCAAAAAACGUCCCGGCGCCGUCUGCGGCGAGCGCGGCCGCAGGCGGGCGCGCAGGCACCGCGCCAAGCACGCCCACUGGGUGUGACCCCCCGCCACCGCACCACGGAUCCGCGCCACGCGCCGACCCACACACGCCACGCGCCGACGUACCCACGCCACGCGCCGACGUACCCACGCCACACGCCGACGUACCCAUCGCAGACACGGACGCUCAAAUAGCGGAUGCGGACACGACUUUAGACUCGGUGAGGACGUUCGCAGCCGACGGUUCGAACGAGUGCCUCGUCCUCGCAGCCGCGGACACGACCGGCGAGUCGGACGGGAGAUACGACCUGGACGUGUCCAACGAGUCGUACGCGGACGUCGGCGACGGCUCGCUGUCGGACGCGGGCUCGCCGCCGCGGCCGGGCCGCCCGGACGUCCGGCGCGGCGAGCCGUCCGGCCGGACCGCGGACACCUGGAACGACAACACCUGCCCGGACGACGUCACGUUCCCCACCAUCAGCGGGUCCGUCCACAUGGUUUCGUCGAUCAGGAGCGAGGUCGUCGAUGCCGGGAUGGCCCUUCCGGAUCUCCUCGAGAAGAGCGAAGGCAACAUGUCGUUCUCCCGUCCGGAUUUAACGAAUAAGCUGGACGGUGAGAACACCGAGAUGCGACGACUCAGGACCGAAGAAAAAGAUGGCGAUGUCAUGUUACUACACAACGGCCUCGAGCCGAGUUUUACCUCUUUAACGGAUGACGGGGAACACAGAUUCGACUCGAUAAUAUCUGCCGCCAUCGAAAAGGAAGCUUCCAGAUUAGCCGCUCAACUAAAGAGUUCGCAGUAUGUUAUGGAAAAUAGCAUCACAUCUCUAACAUCUCUCGACUUGGACAAUGUAAAGCCGCCUUCUGAUUUAGGCAGCUUGUUAUCCCUGAGUGUCUCGGGUCAAUGGGACGAGUGUUCCGGUCAAGUAUCUAAAAAAUCGCAACGCAGUCGCAAGAAAUCUCUGCCGGUCGCUCUAAUGGUGAAACGAGCCCUGAGCAAUUCUUUCAAUCUUGGUAGCUCGGAGCAUUUAGACAGCAACCCUAUUAGUUUCUUAGAUAAUGUAAAACCUCCCUCGGAGAUGGAGAACCUCGAUAUGGAAAGCAGUAUGAUCUCGGUAUCAAGUAUAGUCUCGGAAGUGGCAGAGGUUAAAGAAAAAACUCCUGUAGUGUUUGAUUUCAAACAGCCAAUACAAGACUUCCCGCUUUACCAUAACUUCACAACUGUCUUCCAAGACCUGGAUAAGGUUAAUCCUCCAUCUUUGUUUGAUGAAAUGGCAGAGUCUACAUUAGAAAUAGACCAAACCACCGCACAAGAAGUUCUAGAUGAUUGCGUCUCUAACACUUUAAAUGUUGUAACCGACAUUCCUUCAGGCUCCGAAAAUUGCACCCCAAUACCAUCCGAUAUAAGUAGUGUGGAAUCUACGCCAAAGCGACAAAGAAACUCUAAAUAUUUAACACCAAAAGAAAAAAGGGUUGUAUCUAAAGAUAGAUAUCAAACAUACACAAUCAUUGAUAGCGUAACAGAGAACGAAAUUGUUCCAGAAAUAGAGGAAGAAUUUGUGACCUGGACUAAGUCGGAGAGUGAUGCAAGCGGCCCCUCUGACGAGUACUAUACUGCCACUUCAGAUUCGAAAUGUAAGAGGAAACUCAGUGCCAAACAAAGAAGGUUAGAGGACAGAGCUAGGUAUCAAACACAAACCGUUGACAUACAUAAUAUUUUGGCCCAGGAGUCAUCUCAAAUCAAAGUAGAUUCCAGUAUAGAGAAUCUGAAACAGCGUCUAGCAGCAAAAAAGACAAUGAAACAGAAACGUAUAGAGGACACUGAAAGAUUCCGAACUCGGACUUUGAGCGAGGACAUACCACCGUCGCCGACAUUCGUCACGAAAGAUGCAAACUUCGAAAAUGUUGAAACAACCACGGGAUAUGACAGUUUGUCGUCUAAUGAAAUGAAUCAUCAGCAGAUACUUGAUGAUAAGCACAGAGACGACGAUGUAUUCUCCAGAGAUGCUGACAGCGGACACAAUGAAGACGACUUUGAAUUGAAUUCCACACAAAUGCAAACGUACACAAGGAGUUUCAGGAACUACUUACCCGUUAUUGAAAGUCCAUCAGCAGUCGAUAUGUGUGUCGUGAACAAUCUCAAAAACAUAGAGAUGACUGCAUCUUAUAGACGCACUUUACAAAUGCAAAGUGACAAGAGUCAAAACCCAAGUAGUAGUGACUUCGCGAGCUACGAAGGGGAUAGUAAUUCUGAAGAUAGGGUACAGUCUGAAUCAGAUACAGAAACACCAAUGUCUCGACCAAAACCCAAGAUAAUUAAACCGUCACGCCGUGACGAGAGUUUAGACAGCAAUGACUCGCUCGAAAAGGAGCCAGAAUCUCCUAAAGUUGUCAGAGGUAGGAAGAAAGCUAUGUAUGUAUCGCCGUAUAGAAGAAACGUGUCUACGGCUAAGAAACCAUCGACACCUCCUAGUAAAAGCACAACAAAAACGACGACGCCUUCCGCAAAAGGCUCUACGAACCUAGCUAAACCUCUAAUGACUGCCAAAACUCCAAACAAAACUCCAACCUCUUCCAAAACACCCAGUGCUAAUACGUCUCCCAAAAAGUCUCUUAUUAACAAGUCUCCUUCCAAAACAGCUCCACAAAAACCGAUAUCUGUACCUCUCGUUGCUACUAAACCAUUGCCAUUAGAAAGACAAGGUACAUUUACAAAAGAGGAAAGCACUGUUCCACCUGAAGAUCUGCCUAAGCCCGAUAAGAAGAACGUACCUCGAUUAGCGAAAGUUUCGUCGCCGACAAAACCUAACCCUAAUACGUCACCAUCUAGGUUACCGCAGCUGAGUCGUUACUCGCGGCCGCAAGCAAAUCGAAGCAAUCCAACGAAGCAGCCGAGUAAAGUGUCUAACAUAAAACGUCAGUCAGAACCACUCAUGAAGAAUUCGCCGUCAAACCACAGUCUCCAAAGCAAUGAGAGUGGCAAAACAGUAACUUUAGGAUCUCGUGCGUCAAGACAAGGCAGCACGUCUAGUGUUAACUCCGUACAGUCAUCGAAAGCGAAGGAAGUUGAGAGCAAAAUAGCAAAUUUGUGGAAGAAAGUAGAACAGAACAAGAAACAACCUACGAAACCUGACAAGAGGGUGUGGAUAGAAAGCGACAAGACUGAAACUCCGAAGUUAAUCAGGAGUUCUACGUUUGAAGGACAACCGAAACAGAGCCAGGUAUCGUCGGCGCCUAAACAAAAAUCUGCUAUUGGCAUAAGAGUAUCACAGAUACCGAGUUUACGACCUAAAUCGACGCCGGCGAAACCUACUAACCAAGCUAGUGUUAAGAAACCAGUUAACUCAAGAAUAUUUACUAGAAAACCUAUUAAUGGGCAAUCAACGUAAUUUAGUGAAGAGACAAGAACGAUAUCCC